AGCUCCAAUAUAUGAUUAUGAUAGAAAAUUGUUAUUAAAAUCUGAUAGGUUAAUGUUACUAUAAUUACCAAUGUGCUCAGCAUAAGAGUACGUCACUCAGCUAUAACUGGUGGAUUUACGUGGAUACUUUGUAAAGUACAUGUAACAUUUAUAACACGAUCAGGCUAGGAACCCAUUCUGAAUUAUUUCACUUGCCAUUUGUAUCUUUUUUAUGACAGUAGACACAAUGUGUUUUUUUCCGCAAUACCCAAUAUGCAGCACAGUGGUUUAAGAAAUACAUUCGACGCGUCUCUGCUUCAGAGUAACUCUACCAGACUUGUAGUUCUCAAUGUGGUAGAAAUCUAUAUCCAAGACCAGAGUCAUCCUGCCUGUGGAUCAGCUAGUCAACUGAAAACCAAAGAGGAUGAACAGCUCUGAGGAUACUACCCCCUUGUGGGAAAAGGAAGAGAAGCAAUAUGAAUUCAGUGGACACCCUUUAAAGAUCACGACGUUCAAAGGAGCGUAUCUCGGCGUCUCUGGUUUUGUCUGGGAACCCGGACUCGUACUGUGUCGUUAUUUCGAAGAUGAAAAGAUUAAUUUUACAGGGAAGAAGAUGAUUGAGCUGGGGUCCGGAACUGGGAUCGUGGGCAUUUUAGCCGCACUGUUGGGCGGCGAUGUCACCCUGACGGACAGACCAUACGUUUUGAAACAAAUAGAAUACAACGUAACUGCAAACAUCCCACCCAGCUCAAGGCACCGCUCCAAAAUCAGUGCUCUUGCAUGGGGCACUGAUCAGAACAACUAUCCAUCCGACUUCGAUUUAAUUCUGGGAUCGGACAUUGUGUACAACCCUGCCCAUUUUGUAGAUCUUUUGCAAACACUUCGGCACCUUUGCAACGAGCAAACUAUAGUUUACAUGUGUUCUAACAUGACAGCCAGAGACGGAGCCACCAACUUCCACCAAGAAAUGCUGCCGGGGCAGUUUAAUUGCGAGUUAAUUCACAUAAGCGGGAACAAUAACAUUUACAAAUUGACCAAAAAAAAAGAACUCCCAGAGGCGGAAUGAGAUCAUUUCAGAUAGAGGGAUGGGCAAACAGCUUACCAGCAAUAUUGAAGCUAGAUAUAAAAAAGCAAAUUGCUGGUAACGGUCGGUCAUCUUUUUGAGGGAAGAGAAACAGAGUUUAUGUACAUUUUCCCACGGAUGCUGCCCGAUCUCAUGAGCGUUUCCAGAAUUUUCUCUUUUUAUUUUACAUUUACCGUAUCUGCUAUUCUUUGCUAACAUUUGGGGUGGGCCAUCGACAUGAAAACUAUGUAACUAUGUCCGUAAUUAUUCUUCAAUUCCGCCCCGGGUAGGCCGUAAUCUGACGUUUCAUAGCGGGGCUUUACAUUAAUUUGCGUUCUAUACAGAUAAGCUUCCUUUAAAAUACACCAUUCUUUGAUUCAAUAAGAGCAAGUGAGUUACGUUUCAGUGUCAAGCAAAUGCUCACGUCUACAAAGACACAAUUUAAAUUAUCUCUCAGUCCCUCCCCCACUCUAGUCGUUGUACUAGUUUCACUGACGUCCUGUUGAGUUUCACUGUCUGCUUAACUCGUUAUCAUCUAGCCCACAGCCAACAAUGGACCAUUGUGGGCUCCACCGUUCCUAAUCAUCGUUACUUUUUUGCAUAUAUUUAAUUCAUUUGUUUUAUAUCUCUCUCUAUAUCGCCAUCUAUAUCUCUCGUUUCCCUUUCCCCUGACUCUCGGUCCUUUUCUCCAGAAAUGAUGCCGGGCCCGCUGAGUUACUCCAGCUUUUUGUGUAAAUCUUAAAUUCUCACCUUACCCUGUUGCAAUAUUAAUGACACUUCUCACUACGCCAUUGACUCAGAUUUGCGUCGACAGUUAUUUAUGCUGCCAAAGCUAAAAUAUUUAACAAAACUUUUGAAGGCCCCGUAGAUUAAAAGCACCCGGAACAUUUUCACAUGGGUUUCAAAAUGUUGCAACUGGCCGUUAUAACUUAACCCAAAUUCAUUAUUAGACAGGGUGCGGCCACUAGGCGGACCAACUAAUCCACUUUCGCCUUCAUCUCUUCCCCCCAUCCCGACUUCUACGCUUUCUCCUAAUUCUAAACAUUAGACUAUUAUUUCACUCAUUGCAAGAUCAUAUGAUCAUAUUGCCUUGAUCAUAUUGAAUGGCGGUGCAGGCUCGAAGGGCCUAAUGGCCUACUCCUGCACCUAAUUUCUAUGUUUCUAUGUUUCUAUCUGACGAUGAAGCUGCUUGUUUGACGAAGCAUCUGACAGACCCGGUAGCUUUGUGAUUGGAGUUGCAAUUGUCUGGUCUAAAAUAAAUACCGAUUACUGCUAAUUCCCAGAAUUCUGACUACAAUAUGGUUUGUUAUUGAAUGCAAUGACAUAAAGUGUAAUUGGGUGCCUCGAAUGAAUCUGUCCAUGUUGACACUGAAUACGACAAACGGAAGUUCCCGUUGACUUGUUUUUCUAAUAUACAGUGCAUUCAGAAAGUAUUCAGACCCCUUCACUUUUUCCACAUUUUGUGUUACAGCUUUAUUCUAAAAUUGAUUAAAUUCAUUUUUUAUCAUCAAACCGCGCACAAUACCCCAUAAUUAAAAAAGCGAAAACAGGUGUUUAGACAUUUUUGCAAAGUAAUUCAAAAUAAAUAACUGAAAUAUCACAUUUACUUAAGUAUUCAGACCUUUAACUCAGUACUUUGUUGAAGCGCCUUUGGCAGCGAUCACAUCCACAAGUCUUCUUGGGUAUGACGCUACAAGCUUGGCACACCUGUAUUUGGGUAAUUUC